GGUGGAGUACCUGGUAUUGGCAAGACUCAGAUUGGGAUACAGCUCUCUGUGAAUGUUCAGAUUCCUCGCGAGUUUGGUGGUCUUGGAGGAAAAGCGAUAUACAUCGAUACAGAAGGUAGCUUCAUGGUGGAGCGUGCUCUACAGAUAGCAGAAGCUUGUGUGGAGGACAUGGAAGAAUACACUGGAUACAUGCACAAACAUUUUAAAGCGAGUCAAGUGCAGAUGAAACCUAGAGAUAUCUUGGAGAACAUAUUCUACUUCCGUGUCUGCAGUUACACCGAGCAGAUCGCAUUGGUCAAUCAUCUCGACAAGUUCAUCUCCGAAAAUAAAGAUGUAAAAGUGGUAAUCGUAGACAGUAUCACGUUUCAUUUCCGUCAGGACUUUGAUGACUUAGCCCAGAGGACACGAGUGCUUAGCGAAAUGGCUUUG